GGCAGCUGGACGCGGGCAGGCGGCGGCAGCGGCUCCGGAGGGGCCGCUCUAGCGCGAGCAUCUGGGGGCCCUGGGAGCCCGAGAUUCCAGCAGCCUGCGGAGGGACAGCGGAGGUGGUGACCGAACCUGCCGGAGAGAACCGAGGCGGCGGAGGCGAACUCAGGCGGCGGGAGGCAGCCCGCUGCCCGCGAGAGAAGGGCGCUCCCUGUAGACAGAAAAAGAAGGGCCCGGGCCGGGGUCGGGGGCAGGGGUGCGAGCAGUCGGGCGGAGGGGGUCACUGACACUGCCCCCCCGGGAGAUAGUUUCUUCGUGGCGGUGCCGUGGUCCAGAGGUUCAUCCCUAAGGCGGCAUUCCUGGAACCACGGGGAAGCGUGAGCGUCGCUCCUGCUGGGGCAGGUCCCCGUGGACCCGGCGGUCACGGAGGAGGAGAUCAGAGCCGGGGCUCUUCACCCCACUUAGCGCCCUGGACUUGGGAGUCCUGGCUAGAGCCUGUUCUGGAAGGGGGUUCUACUCCCUGUUGGGGGAGACCUCCAGUUCUCCACGGGCUAAAAGGAAACCUCUCUAAGUGAAGGAAAUCAAAGGGUUAAAGUCCCAGCUCAGUCAGUAAGUUACUGCCUGACCCUAGGCAAGCCGCUGAAUCUCUCUCUUUCCCCGCUCGUCUUCACAAUAAGAAGGCUAGGUUAGAUCACCGAGUCUUUCGUUUAUUUGGAUUCUUUGAGAGUGGAGAACUGUGACAGUUGCCCCUGUAUACUCACUCAUGAAGUGAAGACUUGUCUCUGCUCUCUGCCCAUCCCGUAAUUCUCCCCGGCACUGACCUGGUUCCGAGUUGCAUCAGAUCGGGCAGGUGCCCUGGGACCUGGGAGGUAGAUGAGACAAAAGGCAUUUGGCUCAAUCUCUGUGACCAAGGCAGCAGCGUCCUGUGCCAUAGAGAGCAGGGAGAGAAAGAUGGAGGACUGGAUUGGAGCAGGCCCUUUCAGGUAGAGGAGGGGAACUAAAUGGACAUUGCUUUUUUUUUUUUCCUACCUUCCGCCUCUGUGAAACCCCCUUACUGCACAGCAUCCCUCCCUCUUGCAUACCUUCCCACCUGAUCCCAGGUAAUCUAAUGGACAUAUGCAGUCCAGGAGGAGGAAAUAUCUUUGGCUGAUACUUUCAGCCUCCUGGCUGCUCCUUCUCCUCUUAGGGGCUCCUCGAUUCCGAAAGCUUGCCAUCCUCCCUGGCCUCAGACCCAGGACGCUGACCAACUGGCCCCAGUGGCUAGAUCAGGGGCUUCUACCGAGUUUUGUGGGGCCUGAGGAGCUGAGCAAAGAACCUGCCCACCCUCCUGUAGCACCCAUCAAUGGCGGAGCCAGAAGCUUGUGCCUCAUGGAGACAUGUUUUGAUACUUCCAGGUGCCAGAGUCAAGACUUCAAGGUGUUUGUGUACCCCACUGGGCUGACCCAGCCCAUCUCCGAACUUCAUCAUAAAGUUCUGGCUUCCAUUGAGGGCUCCCACUACCACACAGCCAACCCUGAGGAAGCUUGCCUUUUUGUCCUCCCAGGGGAUGCCCUGGAUCCCCAGCUGCUCCCGCUGUGGAAUGGAGGGCGGAAUCAUCUCAUUUUUCAGCUCCACCCUGACUCUUGGCCUGGACUGGACUUUGAUCCCGGGCAGGCCAUGGUGGCCAGAGCCAGCCCCACACCAGAGACCUUCAGGCUUGGCUUUGAUGUCUCCCUCCCCUUCCUCCCCCAGAGCUACCCACAGAGGGGUGGGAGUCGAAGCCAACUGGUCCAUCUUAUCCCCCCUCCUGGAGAGGACCUCUUGGCCUUUGAAGGCCAGUUAGACAUGUGGGGCACUGGCUCUUCCAUCCAACGGGACCAGAAUGCUAUCUUGAACCCCAGUGAUCACCAUGGCGAGACCAUCAAAGGCUACAGGGACGGGCCAUGUAAGCAGGACCACGCCAUGGAACAGUCUGAGGAGCGAAACGGCCUGCACAACUCUACCUUCUGUUUCAUCCCCCCGAACUGCCACGUGGGCUCCUUCCGUCUCCUGCAGGCCCUGAAGGCAGGAUGUGUCCCUGUGCUGCUGAGGAGGGGCUGGGAGCUCCCCUUCGCUGAGGUCAUUGACUGGGGUACCGCAGCCAUCAUCAUCGAUGAGAGGCACCUGCUUCAGAUCAGGUCAGUCCUCCAGGGGCUGCCCCCGGCCCGGGUCCUUGCCCUCCGCCAGCAAACCCAGUUCUUGUGGGACGCCUACUUCUCUUCGGUGGAGAAGAUUGUCCACAGCACACUCGAGAUCAUCAGAGACCGGAUCUUUAGAGCAGCCUCCCGGCCCUGGCUGCUAUGGAACGCUCCUCCUGGGGGGCUCCUGGCCCUGCCCACCUUCUCCACACAUUUGGGAGACUUCCCCUUCUACUAUUCACAACAUGGCUCCCGGCCCUCUGGCAGAUUCAGUGCCCUGAUCUGGGUGGGGCCCCUAGACCAGCCCCCCCUGAAGCUGAUCCAGGAGGUGGCAGGCUCCCAGCAUUGUGCUCAGAUUCUGGUCCUCUGGAGCAGUGACAAUCCUCCUCCAGCCCAGGGGAAGUGGCCGCAGACUGCAGUGCCCUUGGUGAUCAUUGAAGGGAGGAAGAAGAAGAGUGACCGCUUCUUCCCUUACGGCACCAUCGGCACUGAUGCCGUCCUCAGCCUGGAUGCCCACAGCAGCCUUUCAACCAGUGAGGUGGACUUCGCCUUUGUGGUGUGGAAGAGCUUCCCAGAACGAAUUGUGGGUUUCCAGACCUGGAGCCACUUCUGGGAUGAAACCAAGGGCUCCUGGGGCUACACAGACCAGAGGCCCAAUGAGUUCUCGGUGGUCCUCACUGCGGCUGCUUUCUACCACAGGUAUUACCAUAACCUCUUCACCCACUCUCUGCCUGCCCCACUAAGGGACCUUGUAGAUGAGCUCUCGGCCUGUGAAGACAUCUUGAUGAAUUUUCUUGUGGCUGAAGUCACCAAGCUUCCCCCCAUCAAAGUACCACAGAGGAAGCAGCUCCUGGAGUCGUUCCUGAGUCCCAGAGCUGAACAGCGAUCCAAGGGCUGCAUCAACAGGUUUGCCUCCUGGUUUGGCCACAUGCCUCUGGUGCAUUCACAGUUCCGCCUGGACCCCGUGCUCUUCAAAGACCAGGUGUCUGUGCUCCGGAAGAAGUACCGGCAAUUGGAGCGGCUUUAGGACCUGGGACAGCACCCUGGGCUGAGCUUCCCAAAGCAGGGUGGAAAACCGGCCACUUCUGACAGGGCUGCAGAGGUCAUGGUAUGGAUGAGACGCUGGAGUUUAAAAGUAUUCCUCUUCUGCUUGCUGCCGAGCAAAUCACUUACCUCUCUGGGUCCGUUUUCUGGACAGGGAAAUAAAAUAAGGGGGUUGGACUAGA